AUGACCAUAAAAGAGGAGAAAAAAGUACAUAUAGCCCUAGGAUUAGAAGGUUCGGCAAACAAGAUGGGAGUCGGUAUUAUUAAACAUCAAAGCAAUGAGCCAGCAGAAACAUUAGCAAAUCUACGACAUACGUAUAUUACACCGGCAGGUGAAGGUUUUUUGCCCAAGGAUACAGCAAAACAUCAUAAGAAAUGGAUACACUGGUUGAUCCGGGAAGCUAUGAAAAACAGCAAAUUAAAAAUGUCUGAUAUCGACUGGCCAGGAAUGGGAGCCCCACUUCAAGCGGUGGCUAUUGUAGCACGAACUCUUUCUCUUUUGUUUAAUAAACCGUUAGUAGGUGUUAAUCAUUGUAUUGGGCAUAUAGAAAUGGGACGGGAAAUCACGGGCGCAAAAAAUCCAGUAAUAUUAUAUGUAAGUGGUGGAAAUACACAGGUAAUUGCAUAUGCUGAAAAAAGAUACCGUAUUUUUGGAGAAACAUUGGAUAUUGCUGUCGGGAAUUGUUUGGAUCGUUUUGCACGGACGAUUCAUGUUUCUAAUGAUCCUAGUCCUGGUUAUAAUAUAGAACAGCUUGCUAAGAAAGGAAAAGUAUUGAUUGAGUUACCGUAUACAGUUAAAGGAAUGGAUUGUUCGUUUUCAGGCAUUUUAGGUGCAAUCAAUAUGAUUACAAAAGACCUUUUUGAGGGCAAUAGCAAAGUUUUUCGUAAAGAUUCUCCGUAUACUAAAGAAGAUUUAUGUUUUUCUCUUCAAGAAAAUAUAUUUUCUAUGUUGGUUGAAAUAACAGAGAGAGCUAUGGCGCAUGUAGGGAGUGAAGAAGUUUUAAUAGUUGGUGGUGUGGGUUGUAAUAAGAGGUUACAAGAAAUGAUGAUGUUAAUGGCACAAAGCAGAGGUGGGAAAUUGUUUUCUACAGAUGAAAGAUUCUGCAUCGAUAAUGGCUUAAUGAUUGCACAUGCAGGACUAUUAGCAUAUAAAACAGGGUUUCAGACGCCUAUAUGCAAUAGUCAGUGUACACAACGCUUUCGUACAGACGAAGUACUUGUUACAUGGAGAGAACCGUAA